AUCAUCCAUCUUGAGUCCUGCUGCAAAGCAGGAUCAUAUAUUGCUGGGAAUGCUGGGACAGGACCGCAGUAUUUCCCUAACUUCAUGUGUGUUUUCUGCAUGCAGUUUCUCUGGCGAAAUUUUGGAUGCUGUCGUGUACCACUUGUAUUUUCAACUGGUAACCAAGAAAAUUGCGCUAAAAUAUCUUAAAAAUUCAGAUGAUAAAUCAGGACAAUUUGCCACUUGUCAAAGUAUGACAACCAUCUUUGUGAGACGCCAUUUUAAGUACAUUACUUUCUUGAAUUUUCUUUCUCAGAUUAAGGCUUUGAUUUUUGGGUGAAGUACAAAAUAUUGAGCCACCUUGAAGAAAGUAUUCAUGAUAUGAGUGAAGGCAUGAAAUGCAUGUUGCCACAUGCCAUUCAUUUUCUUCAGUCCACAUUGGGAAUGGCUCCUCACCUUUAUGUAUAAAUAAUAUGAGCAAUUAUCAGAAAUCUAGUUCUUCAGUUUAAUUUGUACCAAGCAAAAUCUCAAGGAAAUUAUUAUGGGUGAUAUGGAAGAGUGCAGUAAUGAGAUUCACAAGCUCCCUGAUGAUGCAGUAAAGAGGUGCAGGUUGUCUGGGCUGAGCCUCAUGCAGAUACCUUCUAGUGUUUGUAAAGUUGAGUCUGAUGAGGCCAGCAGCUCAUCUCAACUCCCAGGAAUGAUAACAGUCUUUGUAAAAGAGGAGCCUGUAGAUGAAGAAGAAAACAUUUCUGUGAAGGAUGAACCUAUCAAUAUUGAUGAGAAUCAGCUGGCUUGUUCACAUGAGCCCAGCAGCCAUGUGUGUGGUGGCCAGCUAGCCCCACCUCCCUCAUUUGAGGGGCUGUGCAAGAUGGAAGCUCAAAUUGAGGCUCGAGCUCACCAGCCCGCCUCACUCAUCUCUACCGUGCCUAGAAUUGUGAGCGUGGGAAGAGGGCAGUACUCAGACGCUGGUGGCGGCGGCGGCGUCUCUGAAGCGCCCAGCUCCCAGCAGCGCACCAAAAGACUCUCUUAUUCUCAACGGAGAUUAGAAGAGGCCGAAUGGCACAAGCCCAUGGCAUUGAUGGGGCAUAAUAAUUCUUCCAAGAAACGUUAUAGCUGCUCGGAAUGCGAAUAUUCUUGUGUGACCAAGGGCAAUCUGAAGAGUCAUGUUCUUUACAAGCAUUCUUCUGAGAAACCUGUUACCUGCAAAGAAUGCAAAUAUUCUUGUGUGACAAAAAGUCAUCUGAAGAUGCAUGUUCUUUCGAGGCAUUCAUCAACAAAACCUUUUAACUGCGCAGAAUGCGAAUAUUCUUGUGUCAGCAAGUUUAACCUGGAAAGACAUAUGCUGCACAAGCAUACGCAUAAGAAGCCUCUUAAUUGCUCGGAAUGCAAAUAUUCUUGUGCUGUUAAGAGCGAGAUGAAGAGUCAUGUUCUCCAUAAACAUUCAUCAGAGAAACCUCUUAGCUGCGAUGAAUGUCAUUAUUCAUGUGUGACAAAGGGUGAACUCAGAAUUCAUGUUCUUUCUAAGCAUUCAUCAUCGAAACCUUUUAGCUGCUCGGAAUGCGUGUAUUCCUGUGUCACUAGAAGUGCUUUGAAAAAUCAUAUGAAUAACAAGCAUUCAUUCAAGAAACCUUUUCGCUGUUUGGGGUGCAAGUAUGCUUGCGCACAGAAAAGCAGCUUAACACGACACAUGCGAGCCAAACAUUCCAGAGAAAACUUCAUCUCCACUGCUGAAAGUGCAAAUGUAUCUCAAUGAGUACACAUGAAUCACUGAAUAUCA